GGAGCCUCGUGGGAGGAGGUGUGUCCGCCCUACGCAUGCGUAAGGGAUGCAAAGCUUCACCACCCCGCCCCUUCGUUGGACUCGUGGGCUGUUUAAUUCCAAAGUCUAACAGAUACCGCUUCAAUACCGAAGGCAGAUUCAGCACAGGCACGGGAGGCAUUAUGGUUCUCUCAUUAAAUUCCAUUGCUGCUGUAUCCCUGAAUAUGGGCAUCGGGAAGAAUGGGGCUCUUCCUUGGCCCCCGCUCAGGUAAAAAUGCUUGUUCGCUUGUUUUUUCCCGCGCUUUUAAACGGAAUACAAAUCCCAGCAUGCACUGCUGUCUUUGCACGACGGGUGAUUGUGCUGAGGACGAGCAAAGCAGGCUGGGAGUUGGUGUCUUUUCUGAAACUAUAUUAUGCUAGUCAAAGGGGCAGUAAUUGUAAUCGUUUAAUUAUACAUACCUUUUACAUACUUAUUCAGCCUCUCCUCCCUCCUUCCCCCGGAUAUUUUUAUGGCACCCUUCAGGACAGAAAACCCUUUCCAAGGCUGCCGGUGGAAAUGCUAUAAAAAUCAGUGUUGAAACUAUAAAACAUACCAAACGCCUAACAAUAUAUAAUUUUAAAAACUAAAGCAGCAGCAUAGAACCAUCUCCGAACCAGGCUAGCAACCCAUCAAAAAUAUAGCAUAAAACAUAAGUGGCAACCGUCUGAGUAUACAACCCAACUUCAUUAAAAAUAGAUGGGGAUAAAAACAAUUUUUGGCAUCACAUAAUACCUGUAAGUCUGAAUUGGUACAAAUUUGCUUUAGUGAGCAAUUUUAGUCGUACUAUGGAAAUCUCUUUCCUUACGCACUCCCAUCACAUUCAUUCUCACCGUUUAUCAGGGAAUCUUGAUCCCAAUGCCUUAUAGAAACAGUAAUGGUGGCUCAACAGCAUGCACAAAUAAAUAAACAAAUAACCCAAUGAGGGGUGUGUGAAAUCAAGCCAAUCCACAGUUAUAUGAGCUACAAAGUUUAACAAAAGAGCUGCUGAAGUCUUGAGAUCAGGAAUAAAGAUAGCUAUUGCAAGGAUGACAUGAUUACAACAUUGUUCAUUUGUUUUUGAACAGGAAUGAGUUUAAGUAUUUUCAGAAAAUGACAGUGACACCUACACAAGAAGGUAAUGUUAGUUAACUUUCCAUGGGUCUUGUUUUGUUUGUUUCAACCAUGAGCUCUCAUCUAUAUACUUUGGGAAAUGAGUGACUUUGGUCCAGAUUAAUUUUUUAUUCUGGUGAAAGGACCUUCAAAUCUAAGCAUAUUUCAAAAUUUUAAACAAAUGAGGUUCAUGAUCCUAAUGCUAGUUAUCAUGCCAUAAGUUACAAGUUGCUGAGGAAAAGAGGUGUCGUGUGUCUUAGUGUAUAGCAGUGCUUAGUGAUGUGAGAAUAUUCUCCAGAGAAUAUUCUCCACAAAUUGUAAAUUCUGUGUCGUCUACACAGCUGCUUUAACUGUACACACCUCAUUAAUCAAGAUUAUUCUCCAAAAGAUUAUUCUCAAGAAUUUAACAUCACUAGCAGUGCUAUAUGACUGCAGUCCUGGUUCAGUUGAGGUUGGUGGCACAAACCUUCCAUGGAAGAUUGUAGACUAAGUCGGCAUCCUAAACAGGUGAUUUAAAAAUAGCACAUUUAUUUGGCAAGUUAGAGUGUUCAUUUUGCACACACAUCUCUUGGUGGAGCCAUAAAACAACCCUGCAAGAUAUUUCAGUGUUGUUGUUGUUGUUAUAUUGCAAAUCUGUGAUGACUGGUGUGCAUUAGGACUGGUAGGGUGAAAGGUAGGAAGACCAGCAGUACAUGGAUCCAGAGCCAAUGACAGGCAGAGCCCACUAACUCUAAUUUUGUCUCAAUCCUCUUGCUUGGUUCUACAAGGACUAAACUGAGACUAACUCUUGAAUUAUUUGCCUGUUAAAAUCUGGAAUUAAAUAUGUUGUCUUUUUUCUUCCAUAACUCUACUUAUAACCUAGGUCCAUUGACUUAAAUGGUAUUAAUUCAAAGCAUAUUAAUAGUAAAAAUAAAAGGUUUAAAUUGUCUCUGUUAACUCAGUUGGUUUGAGCAUGGUGCUGAUAAUACCAAGGUCGCAGGUUUGAUCCCCAUACAGGCCAGCUGCAUAUUCCUGCAUUGCAGGGGGUUGGACUAGAUGACCCUUCCAACUCUACAAUUCUAUGAUUCUAUGAAUUCAACUGGUAUUAAGUCGAAUAUUGUGGUGCUACUGCUUAAAUAGACGUUGCAUGUGUUGGAAUUCUGCCUGGGUCAGAGGAAUGUGCCACAGCGUAGGCACCGGCAGAUAUUCCUGUCGACCUCCCCGCGUCUCCACUCUGCUGAUAAGCAGGCGAGGUCCGGCGAUUCUUCUCAGAUGUAUGAGAGGAACACACCGUUCUUCCUCUCUCCCCUUUGGUGUCCCCAGGGAGGGAAAGAAGCAGACAGAAAACUAUUUACAUCAUUUAUUUCUGCCUCUUACAUCAGUACAGAGAAUCAUGUCUGCACUCAACAACAGCAAGAAGAAACUCCUCCCAAGUACAUCCAGUACGGGUCAUAUGACACACACACACUGAGCUAACAUCCGGUGCUCAGUACAGAAUGGACUGCCCCUUUGUUCCCAUGGCAACAGUCACAAACAUCCUGUCUGGCUUUCCAGCCACAAGCAGCUGGCUGAGCUGCUAGAGCCUUUGCUUGCUGCAGCAUUGGUGCUUUAUGGUAACAUACUCCCCUAAAGUAUCAAUGUGUGCCGCGAGCAAAGCGUCCUCCAGAGAAGAAAACAAACAGUUGUUAUAUUUAUAACAUUCCCUGUUGUUUCAGUUCCACCCUUGGAACUACCCGCCACUGGUUUAACCAAUGUACCUCUCUGGUUGUCUGGCUUCCAAGGAAUGAGUGCUUCUGCAUUACCUUGGCUAGCUACCCUCUGUUGUGUCUUUGUCUCUGACGUAGACACUGCUUCAAGCUGUCCUUGGUCGUUUACAAUAGCAACAUAUGCAAGGUUAGCAAACUCCUUUGAAUACCUCUUGGGUGGUACACCCUUCGUUGCUCUCUCAGACCUACGUAUGAGGUUCUGAUCCUCUGUGCUCACUGGUUCAACCUUUGGACUCUGUUGAGAACCAGUAGCAAUCAGUGGUUCUUCCUUCACCUGUGAAGGUCUAUCCAUUGUGUGAGAUUUUCUCUCAAUGACUGUGACAACUGAGCUGUCUGAGCUAUCGCUGUCAUCAUCAGUACUACUGAACUCAAUAAGAUCAAACUCAUCAUCAUCAUUAUCAUCAGAAUCCUCUCCUGUGGGAAAUGUCUGUACUAUCCGCUCUUGCUUUGGAGCACUCUCUAGGAACUUUGUGAGAAUCACCUGACCAGAUUCAGACAAAAUUACUCUGUAGAGACCCUUUUCAUAACCCACAAAAAUGCCUCUGGCAUUCUUUACACCACCUGGAGCUUCUGUUCUCACAUGAGACCCGAAAACCUUGAAAUAGGCAACAGAAGGUUUUCUAUUGAACAGCUUCUCAAAAGGAGAACAUCCCAACUCUGUUGAGACCUUUCUCAACCACACAUGAAGAUAGGACGCUAGCGAUUCGGCCCAAUAUUCAUGUGGCAAAUGUGAACUCAGCAAUUGCGCAUUCAUCCCCUUUUGCAAUUCUUUGUUCACUUUUACACAGACCCCCCUGUUCCACGCUUCUUGCGAAACAGCCACUUUGUGGUCUAUCCCUUUUCCAUCCAGGAACUUCUGAAACUUCUGCAACAGAAAAAUUUGUUUCUCAUCUGUGAAAAGACAAUCAAUGUUAGCAUCAUGCAUACUUUUAACCUUGUCACAAAACUCCUGAAACUUUUCUAAAGUUUCUUGCGGUUUCUCCAUCAUAUAAACCCAAGAAUAAUUAGUGAAACAAUCCACACACAAAAGGUAAUAUUUUGCACCGCCUCUAGAUGGUUCUAGAGGACCAAUCACAUCAGCAUACACCCGCUGAAAUGCUCUGUCGACCUUCUUGGUCUUAGUCACCUUCCUGGUGCUCACACUGGUCACUCCUGCAAGAGAGAUUUCGUUAGAAACAGCAGAAUUACAUUUCAUGUAAUCACUUUGAUCAAAAGUCAACAAAUACAGUCCAUCUUUCUCUUUGGCAGUAAGAAACAGUUCUCCAUCUUUGUAGAUCUUGCAGCUUUUAGCAUCAUAGGACAGUUUCAGUCCUUUCUUUGCAAUCUGCGACACGCUCAGCAGAUUAAAUCUCAGUUCUGGAACCAGGUAAACAUCACUUAUAGUCAAGUUCAGACUCUCAAGAUACACAGUCCCAAUUCCAGUUGCUUCCAACUCCUGACCGUUGGCCUGUUUCACAGUGAAGCUUUGCUUCUUCAACGUCGAAAACAGUCCUCUGUGCGGGCACAUAUGAACCGUUGCGCCCGUGUCAAUUAUGAACGAGUUCCCAACAUCUGGCGUGGUUCCUUUCGCCAUCAUAGCCUUUGCAGGUUUCACCUGGCACUUGGAACGGCUUUUGCCUGACGCCUGAGGCUUCGUAGAGCUGCUCUUUGCUCCUCUUGACUGGCGCGGCUUCUUACAGUUUCGCUGUAGAUGCCCAGUCUGUCCACAAUUGUAGCAUCGGACAGCACUCAAUGCUACACCAUGCUCUCCAGUAGCAUCAGCAGUGGGGAAUUAGAACUCUGUUCUUCCCUCCCCCUGUCUUUUUCUUCCAGUGCAGCAAGUCUGUCGUGUUCAUUCAGGACCACAGCACAAACUCUCUCCGCGGUCAGCUGCGCGGCCGGUAGGGAACCAAGCUGACUGGCAACAACCUUGUAGGUGCGGCUAAGGCUGUUUAUCAUCAUGAAGCAAAACACUUCCUCCUGAAGACGGAAAUUGCGUUCCACCAUCUGUUGACGCAGAAACUUCAUUUCUGUCAGGUGCGCUUGAACAUCUCCAUCAGGCGCAAGUCUCAGAUUGGUCAAUUUCUCAAAAUACAGCAACGCUGAAGAACCAGCAUCUCUCUGAUGCGUUGUACGCAGCGUGUCCCAUACCUCUUUCGCAUUUUCUAAAUGCUGAACAUGCACCAACUGAUCAUCUGAGACACACAGAAUUAUAGCAGUCCUGGCCCUUACAUUCUGUGACUCCCAACCUCUGGUUGGUGCUGCAGGGAUGGGGUUUUCAAUUACAUCAAAAAGCCUCUGAUUCUGCAGCAGGGCCUUCAUCUUUACAGACCAAGAUGAAUAAUUGUCAUUGGUUAAGGGAGGUGGGCAAGGCAAACCUCCCCCUUUCUUGGCAUCCAUCUUGAAGCCAAGCCUCCAGCUCACAAUGUCAAACAAACUGUAAUAUCCAACAGUUGUUUUUUUCCUUUCUCACGCAGCAAACUGCAAAUUGUUUACGCUCUUUGCACCUGGCAGCUAAACACAGGCUGCUAUUGAAAAGUCCCUUCCAAGAGCUCGUAAACCUUGUAGCCAAAACAUUCUCUGGUUUUGUUUCGCUUUCCCAGGCUCACACUCAGAGUCCAGCCCCUUUGCCAGUAACUUUCCAGGACCGUUACCUAGCAACAAUGCAUUUCAAUAAGACAUCUUAUCUACCACAAAAAUUUGUGGAAUGCAGGCUUCAGCCUUCAAGCUGCAGGCCUCUUCUUCCGGAGCUCUUGUUUUCUUUGAAACGCAGCUCCGUGAACCAGGGAAUUAAUCUUCCUGCGUUCACACUUUUAGCCCGAAAUGCAGCAUACCUUGAACUUUGUUGCUCUGGAAAACACCUCUUCUUUCCAUCAGCUGUCUGUGGAGCCUCUGGCUUCUUUCAGACGCUUCUCUUCCUCCUUGGAGCAGAGGAGGACAAUCCACCAGCCUCUCAUGCAGAUGUCCGAUGAAUCGCAACCAUCCUCUGCUACCACUGUUGGAAUUCUGCCUGGGUCAGAGGAAUGUGCCACAGCGUAGGCACCGGCAGAUAUUCCUGUCGACCUCCCCGCGUCUCCACUCUGCUGAUAAGCAGGCGAGGUCCAGCGAUUCUUCUCAGAUGUAUGAGAGGAACACACCGUUCUUCCUCUCUCCCCUUUGGUGUCCCCAGGAGGGGAAAGAAGCAGACAGAAAACUAUUUACAUCAUUUAUUUCUGCCUCUUACAUCAGUACAGAGAAUCAUGUCUGCACUCAACAACAGCAAGAAGAAACUCCUCCCAAGUACAUCCAGUACGGGUCAUAUGACACACACACACUGAGCUAACAUCCGGUGCUCAGUACAGAAUGGACUGCCCCUUUGUUCCCAUGGCAACAGUCACAAACAUCCUGUCUGGCUUUCCAGCCACAAGCAGCUGGCUGAGCUGCUAGAGCCUUUGCUUGCUGCAGCAUUGGUGCUUUAUGGUAACAGCAUGGCCAUACCACCUCCACCAGAUGUCACUAGAUAAUAACAUCAAGUAUGUUCUUUAUAUUUUACAGGAAAACAAAAUGUAGUGAUAAUGGGUAAAAGGACUUGGUUCUCCAUUCCUGAGAAGAAUCGCCCUUUAAAAGGCAGAAUUAAUAUAGUACUCAGCAAGGAACUGGUGUAAGUACCCUUUUUUUUUUUUUGAAAAAUUGGAAGAGGAUAUGAAAUCAUUUACUGAAUUUAACUGGCUCAGUGGGAUUAGUUUUAAAAGUUUCUGUGUUAGCAAUAGUACCUUUUAAAACUAAUCCCCUGUUCAGUGCUAAAAAUGCCUAGAAAGUGUUGACUUUUCUAUGUGCUCUUUAAAACCUGGGGGCCAUGUCAGGACACAUUUUCUGUUCUGUAUCUUUAAUUCCUGCAUGGUUACUAGUAUUUUGGCUCCAAAUUUCCAAUUUGUCCCAAAUAUAGUUUCUAUUUUAGAUCCCACAUUUCCUCCACAGAGCUCAGGGUGAUUAGAAAUGGUUCUCCCCCAUUUUUGCCCUGACAGCAACCAUAUGAAGUCAGUUAGACUGAAGGAUAGUGACUGUUCCAGGGUCACCCAGUGAGCUUGAUAGCUAAGUGGGGACUUGAACCUUGAUCUCCCUAGUCCUAUUCCAACACUAGCCACUACACCAUGGUCAAUGAAGCAGAAACAUGGUAGAGAUAAAUGCUUGCAGUUCACAGCUGAGAUUAUUGCAAUAUUGUCAUUUUUAUACUUGGAUGCAUACAUGCGCACACAUACACACACAUGAAACAUGCAUAUAUCUAUAGACAUGACUAUUACAUGAUAGAUAUGCUGAGAAACAGCAUGUGCAUGCUUACGAAAAUGUGAUAGGAAUACUCAAGGAUGGAUAUAUGCAUGUAUGUAUGUGAACUGUAGCAUAUUGCCUGAUUUCUAAAAUUGUAGAAAUAUCUCAAGGACAACAAAAGCGAACUAUCUCUGGUACAGCUAAUACCGGUAAUUUAUUUUCAUUUCCUGUAUUAUUUAUUUAUUGAAUUUAUAUACCGCCCUAUACCUGGGGGUCUCAGGGCGGUUUACAGAAUAAUGUCUUGUUCAAACUGUAGGCUUAACAGUUUAUGAGGAUGUAGUUUUACCUUCUCUCAGAAGUGGUUUUACACUGUAAUUCUAAUUGUAUAUCAUCCGCAAAAUCUAAUGAUCAAGUGAUGGUUUUAUAAAGGGGGGGGUGUGCUUAAAUAUUAAGCAGUGACAUUUGUUUGUUCUAGGAAAAUUCCUGAAGGAGCCCAUUACCUGGCCCAAAGUCUAGAUCAGGCGUUAGAUCUUCUGGAAUCACCAGAGUUGGCAAGUAAAAUAGACAUGAUUUGGAUAGUUGGAGGAACUUCAGUUUAUAAGGUAUGGGUCAAAUGCAAGAUUAAUAUUCUAAAAUAAUGUAAUAUAAUAAUCAAAGAUGGACAAUACCUACUUUUAAUGUGGCCUUUUCACAUUCUGACAAUUUUCAAAUCAUUGAAGUAGAUGGCACGUUUAAAACAGUUUCCAUAGUGGGCUUUUCUCCAAAUGUAGCUGUACUUUUCCUUUAACAAAGUAACAUUUAUUUUAGAAAAUUAUUAAUUCUGUUCAAAAGAAUUGCAAAGUGAUAUACUAAACAGAAAUGUACUACAAUAUAUUAAUAAUCAAGUAUAAAUCUAAAAAAAAUACAUACUGUUUGACCAAUAGUACUUACCCAUCCAUAGUGGCUGGUACAAAAUGCCAGCCAGUCACAUUGUACAGCAGGGCAAGAUAAAAACUCACCCAGCCUCAGAAUUCAGAUAAAUAUAAUCUCCUACCCCACCUCCCGCCUGGGGUGCACAGUCACUCCCUCCCUGUGUGACACCAGUGGGAAGGGAGCAGUUAGGUGCCACCCACCAAGAAACAAUACAGUUUUUGCUUAUUUAUUUUAAUGGUCCUUAGAUGGGAUUUUCCAGCAAGCCACAUUAAAAUAAAUGCAGGCUGUGAUGGGAUGAUGAGCUGCUUGUGCGUAAAAUCGUAUCCCCUCAGAGUUUGUUCAAGUCCACAAACCUCUGUCUGUGACAGAGCCCCUCAGACAUGGCUACUCUAGUCACUAGCAGAUUCCGACAGUGGUUGCUUUCGUAAUCGCUUCCAACAUAAAAGCUCCUUAACGGAAACACGUCUUCUGGAAUCUCUGCGUGACAGUUUCCGGCGAGGAGUGGGUGUUCUUACAGGAGGUCCUGAAACCUCUCCACUGUUUUCGCUGGAAGUGUCUCUGAGCCAUCCCUCCAGCUCAGCUCCUCUCCCCCUGCUGGUUCCCUCAUCAGCUGCUGCGUCUCUCCCAACCUGUGUGAGCCCUUUCACCUCCCUGUUGGUUUCCUCUUCAGCUGCUGCGUCUCUCCCAACCUGUGUGAGCCCUUUCACCUCCCUUCCGUCCGAUGGCAGUUCCCUGACAUCCACCUCCCCUCCAGGGCCCCCUUCACCCCCUCUCGCCCCCUCCUCUACGGGCGGUGAGGAGGCAAAACCCGGAAUGAACUUCCUUCAUCUUCCGAUGUCUCGAACACUUCUCUCAACCUGUUGCGGUUCCUGGUCUCGAAGUACACCUCCUCCUCAGAGUCCAUCUCCCCUUCCCCUUCCGAGUCCGGGAAUCCUUCCAACUCCUCCCCUUCAUCAGUGGUCCCAAAGUAUUCCUUCCGGAACCUCUCCACAGGCUGAGGUUUCCUUGGGAACCUUUGAUGGAACGUUUCUAUCAAUACCUCGUCAUUGAUAUCUUCAGCCAUUACCCAAGUGUUUUCUGACUCCGGUUCUCCUUCCCACGCUACCAAAUACUCCUCCUGAUCCCCCUUCCACCUGGCGUCGAGGAUUUCUGCCACAUGGCUGCUGCAUUCUCUUUCUUCUACGACCGGUCCCCGAGUGGCCAGCCCUUCUCGUCCCCCUUCGUACGGUGACAGUAACGACCUGUGAAAUACUGGGUGCAGUUUCAUGUGGUUGGGUAACCGGAGCCUGAAAGCCACUGGGUUGACCUGUUGAAUGACCUCAAAGGGACCCAACCUCCUGGGUCUUAAUUUCUUACAACCUCCUUUGAACGGCAACCCUUGGGUUGACAGCCACACCCUAUCUCCCACCCUUAUGGUUUCACCUUCCCUUCGGUUCUUGUCUGCCUGCCUCUUGUAUUCUUCCUUCGCCCUUUCUAAGUUGAGUUGGAGCUGACGAUGGAUUGCUUCCAUUUCUUCCACAAAAUGCUCGGCUGCCGGGACGCUCCAUCUCUCCCCUCUCCCCUGGGAAAGCCCUGGGAUGACACCCAUAAUUAGCCAAGAAGGGGCUCAUCCCUGUGGACACAUUCUCGGCAUUGUUGUAGGCAAAUUCCGCCAGCGCCAACUUUUCUACCCAGUCAUUCUCUCUGUCAUUGACAUAACACCUCAGGUAUUGCUGGAGGACACCGUUUGCUCUUUCCGCCUGCCCGUUGGUUUCAGGGUGCCGGGCAGUCGAAAAUUGACCUCCACCUGCAGUAAGCUCAUGAGCUUCCUCCAGAACCUGGAAGUAAAUUGUUUUCCUCGGUCUGAGACCACCCUCAAUGGCACCCCGUGCAACCUAAAAAUGUUUUCUACAAAUAACUUCGCUGUCUCUUCCGCCGUGACUGCAUGCGAGCAAGCUACAAAGUGGCACAUCUUUGUUAGUAGGUCUACCACCACCAUGAUGGCUGUUUUCCCUUUGGACUUCGGCAGAUCAGUCAUAAAAUCUAUCGACACUGCCUCCCAAGGUCGUUCUGGGGUUGGUAAGGGUUCUAAUAGCCCCGCCGGCGCCCGCCUUUCCCCUUUGGCUCGCUGGCAUUGCUCGCACCCUCUUACAUACUCACGUACAUCUUCCCUCACCUUAGGCCACCAAAAUUCCCUGGUGACCAACCACAUGGUUUUGUGUUGUCCAAAAUGCCCCGCCGUAGGGCUGUCGUGCAACUGCUUGAGUACCCUCCCCUUAACUCUCCUUCAGGGAUAUACAGUGCCCCUUUGUAAUACAAAGCUCCAUUUCUUUCCUCAAAACCCCUGGUUCCUCUCCAUCACCCCUAAGACCUCUGAGCUUAUUCUGGGCGUAUUCAUCAUUCUCUGUUUCCUCUACCAGUUCUCUUUGUCCCACCAAUGCCGCCCCACACACCCAGCGGUCUUCUGGAAUGACAUGUCUCUCUUCGGGUGCCCCUCCCCUCCAAAUAUUCAGGUUUGCGUGAGAGAGCGUCCGCCCUAAUGUUCUCUGGGCCUGGCACGUAACUAAUCUCAAAGUUAAAUUUGGAGAACUCCUGGGCCCAUCUCACUUGCCGUUGGUUGAGCACUCGUGCCGUCCUCCAAUACUCUAGGUUCUUGUGGUCAGUGCACACUUGCACCUUAUGUUGUGCGCCAAUUAGCAGGUGCCUCCAUCUCCGGAACGCCUCAUGAAUGGCUAGUAGUUCUCGGUCAUACACCGUGUAGUUCCUCUCGGAUUUGUCAGCUUUCGCGAAAAAAAGGCACACGGUCUCCACUCUGACCCCUUCUUGCCUGGCUGCAGAAGCACCGCCCCAAUCGCUCUGUCUGAUGCGUCAGUUUCCACUCUCAUCGGUUUUUGUAAAUCCACAUGCAGGAGUUGUUGUUCCGAGGCGAAGGCCCUUUUUAGUUCCUCAAAUGCUCGCUCCGCCUCCUCAGUCCACACGAACUUCUUCUUACUGCUGAGACAGUCCGUAAUGGGCGCCGUCAGGUGGGCAAAGUUUCGGAUGAACUUACGAUAGAAGUUCCCAAAUCCUAGGAACCUCUGCACAUCCUUCUUUGUUUUGGGUGUUUUCCAUUCCAGCACAGCCUGGACCUUGCCGGGAUCCAUGGCCAAUCCCUUGUCUGACAGGCGAUACCCCAGGAAUUCCACCUCCUUGGUAUGAAACUGACACUUCUCCAGUUUCACCCACAGCUGGUUGGCUUGCAGCCUGCUCAACACUUCUCUGACGUCUCUCACAUGCUGCUCCUCAUUCUCAGAAUACACCAACACGUCGUCUAAAAAGGCCACACAAUUCUUGUAAAGCAAAGGCCCCAGGACGUGGUUCAUAAACGAUUGAAAUGUUGCGGAGCCUCCUUGUAGGCCGAAGGGCAUAACCAAAUAUUCAAAUGCCCCUAAAGGGGUGAACAUAGUGGUUUUCCAUUCAUCCCCCUUCCUUAUUCGUACCAGGUUGUACGCCCCCCUUAGGUCCAGCUUUGUAAAAAUCUUUCCCUUCCGCACCCUUGUCAAAAUGUCGUCAAUCCUGGGCAUAGGGAAGGCUACUGGUUCUGACACUGCAUUUAAGGCCCUGAAGUCACACACCAGCCUCGGCUUGUUCGUGUUUUUCUUAUCCACAAAAAACACUGGGCUGCCACCCACCGCCCUGGACUCUCUGAUGAACCCUCUCUUCAGGUUCUUGUCAAUGAACUCUCUUAACUCCUGCAUCUCUCUGUCUGACAUGGCGUACAGCUUGCCUACAGGGAGCUGUGCUCCAGGGAGUAAGUUGAUUUGACAGUCAAAGGGUCUAUGCGGGGGUAGUUGGUCAGCUUCCCUUUCGCUGAAGACGUCACGGAGAUCUGCAUAUUGUCGUGGUACCUUCACGUUCUCUGUUACUUCAGUCCCUGCUAGGGUGGCUUGGACCCCUGCCAAACCCUUUCCCUCUUUGCAGUGUUCUAAGCAAUGUGCUGAACCAAAAGAAACCACUCUCUGAUGCCAGCCCACCAGCGGAUCAUGUAACGCUAGCCAGCUCAUCCCCAAUAUAAUGGGAGCUCCUCCCAAGGUGGCCACAUUAAAAGCUAUCAGUUCGGUGUGCCUUGCUACCUUCAUUAUCAUUGGGACGGUCUGCAAGCUGACUUCUCCACCCAACAGCUCCCUGCCAUCGAUCGUGGUCACCUGCAGGGGGCUGCUUAAAGGGAUUGUCUGUAUCUGGUGUUCAGCUGCAAACUCUUUGCUCAUGAAAUUGCAGGAGCUGCCUGAGUCCAACAGCGCCUUUAUCUUUAGAGGGUGUCCGUUUGGCAGCUCUAGCGUCACUUCUAUCACUAGGGCGGGUUUAGGAGGUUCUGGCGUGGGCACUCUCACUGCUCUUUGGCCUGGCUGCUGUGCCCUGACAGUGGCAGCCAGGCGUUGGCUUUUACUUGCUCCGGUAUAUUUUCCUCUCUUCCAUCCACAGCCCCUACCAUCCCUUGCCAUUCUUUCCUCUGGGGGCAGACUCUGGCAAAGUGACCUGGCUGUUGGCAGAGAUAGCAUUUCCGGGCGCCUUUUCCCUCCUUCUUUGCCCCGUCACUGGGCGGUGAAACUGCGCGCGCGCGCUGUUCCGAUUUCCAUCGGCUCUGCCGGUGGGAAAGUUGGCUCUGGAAUGUCUGGAAUGCGGAACUCCUUCCAACGUUCCCUUUCCCUUCCCGCCUCUCCAAUGCUCUCGCCUCCGGGCGCCCUCCUAUGGCCAGCGCUGAUUUGGUCAGCUGGUCCAUAGACUCCGCCCUGGGCGCCCGGGAAAGUUCGUCUUUCACAGCCGAAGAAAGCCCUUCUUCAAAGAGCAUUUGAAUGGGUUCCGCCGAUAAGUCCCACCCCAAUCUGUGAACAAGCAUGGUGAACUCAGUCCAGUACUCACGGACAGAUCGGCUCCCCUGUUUGCAACCCAUUAACUGUCUGCGCACCACUCCCUUUUCAAUAUCGCUGGAAAACAUCAGAUCCAUGGCGCGAAAGAACUUCAUCGUGUCUUUUAAGACGUCACUAUUCGCUGCCAUCAGGGGUCUAACCCAGUCUCUCGCCCCUUUUCAAGAUGCUCAAUCACGAAAGCCACUCGUGAUUCCUCGUCAGGGAAUUCAUCAAACUGCAGAUUGAGGGCAUAUUGCAUUUCUGUCCGAAAACCAUGAUAGUUUUUGGGCUCCCCCCCAAACUUCUGCACCCCUCCUGGUACCUUUCUGGCGAACUGGGUGGCUUUCCCCUUUUUGUCUGCAUCCUGAGCCCUCCUCUCCUCAAGCCUCGCCGUCUGCAUCGCUAGCUGGACCUCCAACAUCUGGUACCUUUCUUCCAGGCUUGGACCCGCUCCAGCUCCUGCUUCUCCGGUUCCGGCUGGGUUGCUCAUGAUACCUUCUCCUGCACAAGCUGCUUUCAAAGACUGUCGGAAUGCUGUGAUGGGAUGAUGAGCUGCUUGUGCGUAAAAUCGUAUCCCCUCAGAGUUUGUUCAAGUCCACAAACCUCUGUCUGUGACAGAGCCCUCAGACAUGGCUACUCUAGUCACUAGCAGAUUCCGACAGUGGUUGCUUCGUAAUCGCUUCCAACAUAAAAGCUCCUUAACGGAAACACGUCUUCUGGAAUCUCUGCGUGACAGUUUCCGGCGAGGAGUGGGUGUUCUUACAGGAGGUCCUGAAACCUCUCCACUGUUUUCGCUGGAAGUGUCUCUGAGCCAUCCCUCCAGCUCAGCUCCUCUCCCCUGCUGGUUCCCUCAUCAGCUGCUGCGUCUCUCCCAACCUGUGUGAGCCCUUUCACCUCCCUGUUGGUUUCCUCUUCAGCUGCUGCGUCUCUCCCAACCUGUGUGAGCCCUUUCACCUCCCUUCCGUCCGAUGGCAGUUCCCUGACACAGGCUAAACAAGUACAAUCCUUUGUGAAUUGUUAAAAAGAAGGGUGCACAUUUUCACCACAUUUUUUACCUUCCCAGUUUCUACUGUUAUUUUUUUAUAUAUAAUAUAUACAUAUGUUAUCCUGGUUGCUAUAGUGAAGCUUUUUUUGUGCUUUUGGCCUCUGUAACCUCCUAAUAUGGACAUUUAGUGUUUUAUUAUUAUGCAUUUUAGUUUGUUUAUUGUAUAACAUUCAUUUUCAAUGGAUGUUGUGAACUGACUUGAAGAAUUCUGAGAACCUGAAAUACAUUUUAAAAUAACCUGCCUCCUACUGGAGUAUAAUGUUUAUCUUCCAUUUAGAAGAAAACGCCAAUUGAGAACUGAACAGUGAAAAUGCAUGCUUCACAAAGCUGCUUUUGUAGUGUUCCAAAAAUGUAUACUUCAGUUAAUAAUUUAUAUUCUUCAUAUCUAACCUAGUUAAGUGUUAUGCCUUCUGCUUCACUUCCUGUUACUUAAAAGAGAGCAGUGCUAUUCAGUGUUGCAACUCUCAGGCAUUGUUUGUUUUUUAUUAUUGUUCCCUGCGUCCUGUUGUUCGUUUGGUGGGUUGACUUCAUAGCCACAGGCUGUCUUGCCCAAGAGAGUAUGCUACUCUGCUACUCAAUGUAACAUUUUUAUGUAAAUUCUGUCUAUAACUUCAAGUUCUAGUAGUAAUAAAGCCACUUCCUGAUAGCCUGCAAGGAAAAAGUAAAGUGGUUCUAGAGAAAGCUUUAUUUUUGAGCUGACAUUAUGGUUUUAAUGAGAUGGACUAAAUUAACAUGAACACCAAUAAAAAUUCAAAGUGUUUUAGUGCAUUUAUCAGAGAUGUAGUAUGCUGAAUGAUAAGAGUUUCUAAAAGACUACUAUUAUUUUAUGAACAGGUGUGUGGGUAGAAAAUUAUCUAUGGGUACUGAAUAUCUGCUGGUAAUUGAAAUGAAUCAUUUUAUUUUAUGUAAUCCAUUAGCUGCUUUUGAAAGCUUUGUUUUUGACAUUACUGUACUGUGUUACAUGUUUUAAUGUAACAGCUUUUGCACCACAGCAUUAGGCAAAGCCAGUGUUGGGGUCAGUGGGGUACAGAAAAGGAAAGGGUAAAGGGACCCCUCACCGGUACGUCCAGUCGCAGAUGACUCUGGGGUUGCGGCACUUAUCUCGCUUUGCUUGGCCGAGGGAGCAAGCGUAUAGCUUCCGGGUCAUGUGGCCAGCAUGACUAAGCCGUUUCUGGUGAACCAGAGCAGCGCACUGAAACGCCGUUUACCUUCCUGCUGGAGCGGUACCUAUUAAUCUACUUGCACUUUGACGUGCUUUUGAACUGCUAGGUUGGCAGGAGCAGGGACCGAGCAACAGGAGCUCACCCCAUUACGGGGAUUUGAACCACCAAGAAGGUAAGGUGUUUCCGUGCACUGCUCUGGUUUGCCAGAAGCGGCAUAGUCAUGCUGGCCACAUGACCCGGAAGCUGUACGCCGGCUCCCUCGGCCAAUAAAGCGAGAUGAGCGCCGCAACCCCAGAGUCAGACAUGACUGGACCUAAUGGUCAGGGGUCCCUUUACCUUUACCUUAUGGGUUCCAAGAGUGUUGCCUGGGGCAUAAUGAACUCUUUGGAACAAAACUUGGCAUUACAGCUACAUCACAGGAGGUGUGAUAAUGCGGAUAAUACAAAGUGCUAUUCAUUCUGCAUGUCUUGAUUCUUCUAUUUUACUCAACAAGGUGGCAGUAUCAAAGAAGAGCACUAGCUAAAGAUUUUAAUAAGUGCUUCUAUUUCAUACCUACAGGGGGGAAAACAAAUGCUGGAUCCUCAAUGCUGAAUAUGAUUUGUCCUAGUCUUUCCUCUUUCCUGCUGCUUGUACUGUUCCUUCAAACAGACCACAUAGGGCCAAACUAUUCAUGUGAUGCUAAGUAUGUCAUUAGAAGGCCCCUCAAAGUGCAUUAAAAAACAACAACAGCAGGCAUGGGAGUUCGAUUUUCAUUGCACUGCAACAUGAAAAGAGGUUUAACUCUUUCUAUUUUUCAGCAAUCCUUCUGAAAUACACACUCAAUAUUAAUCUGAGCAGGGGGAAGGUUGUUCUCAUUACUGUUGAUGGGAGCCUUUUUCUGAAGCUAAUAGCAAUGCUUUGGAGUUGCUAUUUUUGUCAGGACUGUGCAGGGAAAUAAACCUCCCCUCCUUGGAUACUGUGGUCCUAAUAAAACUGGGAACUGUGUUGUUUGUUGAAACAUAUUGAUGUACAGUGGUAUCUCUGGUUAUGAACGGGAUCCGUUCUGGAGGCCCGGCCGUAUCCCAAAAAUUUUGUAACCGGAGGACUGCUUCUGCGCAUGCGUGAGCGGCAAACCCACUUCCGGGUUUGCCGCGUUCGCAACCCGAAGAUUAUGUUACCCGAAGAUAAUUCUUAGUGAUACUGUAAUUCUUUGUGAUACAUUGAGGAUCACACAUAGUUUGCCCCUUAGAGAGGAACUGGUAUAGUGUAGCAUGAAGUUUCAUAUACAACAGUCUACUGGUAUAUGGGCUAAGAACAUGGUAGAGUCAAUACUAGUAGUGCAAACUUGCAAGAUCAGAGUUACAGACCAUGAUUGAAAUAUGAUACCUGUGUGCUACCUGUUGUAGCUGAGUUGGGAAUGUGCUCUCACCCUCAUGUGCUUGCAGGCUUCCCAAAGGCAUCUGGUUGGCUACUGUGAAAACAGGGUGCGGCACUAGCAGGGCUCAUUUUCUGUUUGUUCUGGUAACAACUGUAAUCCACCUCACUGAUAAAUUUUAUAUAGCCACUACAGAUUUUAUACAGACGAGCAAAUGGCACUGAGUUAAAUGUGCCAGUUGUUUGGUAGAUUUAAAUAUAUUUUCUGAGCCAUGAUUCAUAAACAGUUUUCAGUGGCAAACAAUGUGCUAGUCGAGGCUGUUUUAUACACGAAUGGACAGUGUCACCUGAAUGGUUUUUGAUUAAAGCAUUGUGUAAAGAAUUACUCAUUUGGCAAAAGGACAGGAGGGGAUGUUAAGCUUAUCAGUCACUGAACAAUGGAAAAUGAAAGCCCUUUGCUGUACACUCUCAUAAAAUACUUUGCUCCAUAUUUAAUGUCAGAGUGUUUAAAAGAACAUAUUUUAUUCUGUUGUAUUUAGCAUGGCUUCCAGCUUUUUCCAAUUACUUUCCUUGCAUUAAUUAAGAACCAUUUAUUUGCCCUUUAUUACUGUAGCAAAUAUCUGUUUAAAAGAUAAACUGUCUCUUUAAUAGAGUACUUCCCAACAAAAGCAGUCAGCAUACUCACUGAUUUGCUAAAAAUGCUACUCUGUAAGCUUCAUAUUGAAUAGAUGCCCAGAGCCAGAAUGUCGGGGGAGUGAGAGUACGACAUAGUAUGUUGUACAAAACAGCAAAGAUCUAAAUAUAGGUAGUCCAAUAUGUUUUGUAUGAUUUCAUUUAUGAAAUCAUUUUAAUAAUAAAAGUUUGAUUUUAAUAAAAUAAAUGCCAAGUACUUAUCAGUAAUACCAUGUACCGGAACUCUGGGGGAAGUAGCUUUAUAUAUUAUUACUGGGUACUGUAUUUUUCGCCCCAUAGGGCGCACUUUUUCCCCUCCAAAAAUGAAGGGGAAAUGUGUGUGCAUCCUGUGGGGCGAAUGCAGGCUUUCGCUGAAGCCUGGAGAGCGAGAGGGGUAGGUGCGCACCGACCCCUCUCGCUAUCCAGGCCUCACGCAAAUUCCCGCGCCUUGUGGAGAGUUGCCUGCAUGCCGAAGGCUGGGCGCGCUGAGCUCAGCACGCCCAGGCUUCAUGCAGCUCUCCGCAAGGCGCGGGAGCCUGACACCGGGCUCCCACGGUUUGCGGAGAGUUGCCUGUUCUGGGGGCUGGAGCCCCAGCCCCGCGCCUGGGGGGAAAAUAAUUCCCCCCCCCCCAAAAAAAAACCAGGUGCGCCUUAUGGGACGGUGCGUCCUAUAGGGCGAAAAAUACGGUAAUUUGGUAGACCAAUACUUGGAUGUUUUUUUCUUUUUUCUGUAGGCUAAAAAAUUACCAAUACGUGUGUGUGUGUGAAAAAUACAGGAAAGAAGUCUGGUAUGUCAUUGACCCUAACAGCCCAUAUCUCACUCUUGAGUGUUAUUGCAAUAGUUUAAUAAGCCCUUUUUCCCCUAAAAGGAUUCAUUAAAAAGUUUGUUUAAGAUGUUGUGAUCCUGGUGCAUGCACACACACGCAUUGUGCUAGGACAGUAAGUGAAUCUACAUUGGGGAAGUAGACAAACCCUUGGAACUAGGCAAGCAAGAGGGAAGAAAGCAGGAGGAAGCGCACCUUUCACUUCUUGUUUGCCAGUCACUCUGAGACUGGAACAUUCCUAUUUACUUGAGAGGGUUUGUGUGAUGAAGACCUUUGAAAUUAAUUAACAUGACUAAGGUAGGUCCACUUAUUUCAAUAGGUCUACUCUGAGUAAAAUGUAGUUGAGUACCACCCUGAGUCUGUCUUUAAAAGGUUGUUUUAUUGCAUGCACUCCACUUCUGCGUUCACGUUAACAAAAAGCUAUGCACUAUGUCUCCCCUACCAACAGAAGCUCAGCUGGUGGGUAUAUGAGAAGCUCAUAGCACCUCAACUUUGGGAUGCCUUUUCUAAAGAGGUCCACCAUGCUCCAUCAUUACCUGUUUUUUAAGCCAAUUGUUGAAAAAAAAGGCUGUUCUAGGGUCUCUUCAGCUAUAUGAAAAUUUCGAUACAGUACAAACAUGUGCAUGCUUACUCAAAAGUAAGUCUGACUGUGUUCAUUGGGGUUUAUUUUACUAUAGUAAGCAUGUUUUGAAUUGAAGUUAUGAUAAUCAUUUAUUGAAUUGUUAGUUUGCAUUUUUGUUUAACUUUUAUUUUAGAGACUAGUUGCUUUGAGGGCCAUUGGUAGAGGUGUGUAGUAACCACAAGAUUUGGCUUAGACUCCAGUUUGGUGCUUUGGAAACAUACAGAUUUGGUUCAGACUGCUUCAGAGCCUGCCCAGUUCACCUCUGAUCUGAAUCCAAAUCUCAGUUUGGGGAAAACAAAGUUGUGUGCCUCCCUAGUGCUUAUAGUGGAGAAAACAACAAACGGUUAUAGCUUUUGUUUUUGACAAAACUGAAUGAAAUUAGUAGGCAUAGCAGGCUCUUUUGGGUCUCAGCUCCUGCCAACCUAGCAAUUCAAAAGCAUGCCAGUGCAAGUAGAUAAAUAGGUACUGCUGCAGUAAAUGGCGUUUCCAUGCACUCUUGUUUCCGUCAUGGUGUUCCAUUGCGCCAAAAGUGGUUUAGUUAUGCUGGCCACAUGACUCAGAAAGCUGUCUCUGGACAAAAGCCGGCUCCCUCAGCCUGAAAAGCGAGAUGAGCGCCGCAACCUCAUAGUUGCCUUUGACUGGGCUUAACCGUCCAAGGGUCCUUUACCUUUAUACAGUACUGCUCUGCUUAAUUGAGUGUGCUAAUCUACACUAUGCUUGCAGGCAAUUGCCAGUUCAGUAGUGCUGAUGAUGGAGGCUGCUGCAUCAACACUGAGGGCAGAAUGGUUCUAGUAUCAUGGAAACAUCACAAAUGGUGGCAGUGCAGCCACAUCAGGACUGUAGUACAUGAUCUGACACUUUCUGGAAGCAGUGCCAUGCAGGAGAUGUUCAGGCCUUUAAAAUAAUACACAAUUCUAAUACAGAAAACAAAUGUGAAAUUAUUUAUCCAAAAUUAGCAAUAAACUCAUAUUCAUAUAAAAGAAACAUGCUGAUUUGACAUCUCCUUGGAAAAUUAUAAAAUGGGGGACGGGUGGAAGAAAGGUUAGAGCAUGACUCAUUGAUGGAGUCAUAAGUCACUUAAAUCCCAGUCUUCUGUAUUUUAAGUGCCUUUUUAGAAGUGCUUGCUAAGAUUGAAGUGGGAGGAUUUGAACUUCUGCUCUGAAUAAGAGGUGUGGGGGUGGGGACUUGGUUGAAAGAAAUGUAGCAACGUCUUAACUAUAUUAGAGUUGAUGCCAACUGACAAUGUGACUUUAAAAAACCAACAACAUUUAUAAGAUGCAGUGGAAUCUUUUUCCUUCCUUUUGUGUAUAAGAAUUGUGUGAGAUUAGUAGCUGAACAUUGCCCACUGUCCUGUGUCAGUAGAUGUAUGUAUGUGGGAUUCACUGUGGGAUUUUCUCUUUCUCCCCUCAUUUUGUUAAGCUGCAAGUGCUUAGCAAGGGAAGAUUUGGCACUGCAAGAAUGGAAGGAUUAAUUCAAGAGCUAAUCCUUAGUGGUUUCUUAGUAUUUCCUUUUCCUUGAAAUUUGUUUUAUAUAAUCAGCAGAAUGAAUCCUCUCUGAAAACUCUGCAGUAUGUACACAGAGGAUUCUAAAGCAAACACUAGUAUUAGAUUCCAUAUGAAACUUUUUUUUUUAGCAGGAUACAAUGCAGUUUGGAAGUUACUUUCCACAUGUGGCAGCAACUUCAUUGCUUAAUUUGCAAGAAAUUUCUCCUUUCCCAAAAUGGUGGACUUUUUGUUGCAGAAUUUACACGGAAAUAGAAGUACCAGUACAUAUGCCCAAGGUGGGUAGGGGAAGACAUAAAAGUGAACAAAGUAAACUAAUGUGAAAUUUACUUUUGUAAAUUUGAAAAACUCACUCAUAACCUUUGCACCUUCCACCCAGACAACCAAAAAGCAUUAUCAGAAUUCAAGGGCACAUUGUAGCCUGGCAAAAACACAUGGGCUGUGAAACAGGGCCAGUGAAGGGUGUGUCCUGGUGAGAGUUUUGAAGGCCAGCUGGAGAAGCCUGGAGGCCCCUGGCCGAAAGAUUCCCCAUCAGUGAUGUAGCCCCAAGUACUUUAAAAUCUGUUUCUGGUUUUGAUCAUGCCUUUGCAUUGAUUUGGUCUUAGUGGUGGAUACAUUGCAAAAGUUGGUAGCAGGCAAUGGAGACAGAGAGGAUUACAAUCAGUGGAUAGUAUAAUUUUAUUCCUGUGCACUCCUUAUAAAGAAAUGAAAUAAAAAAUUGGCUUUUCUUGGUCAUUAAAUGCCAAAAGAAUUCUAUCUCGCUGAUGUGUUCUCCUUUUUACCUGAAAGUAUUCAAACUGAACCAGUUGCUUUAUAAAUUUGUGGCCUCAGCAACUGCUGACUUAAAUUGUUGGAUUAGAUCUGCAUGAACAGACGUUUGUCAAAGCAACAGUUACCAACUCAAUGUUAAGUGAAUCAUCUUUAGAAGAUUAAGUGUUCUGUGGAAGAAAAGUGUAAAGAGAAUUUGAAAUCUUUAUGUUGGUAACCAUAUAGCUGUAGCUGGUUGUGUACUUUUCAUAAGCAGGCCUGGGGGCGGUUUCCUGCAUCUGUAAAUUAAAGAAAGAGGCUACACUUAUCAGAACGCACAAUAUUUCAAAACUGAUUGCUUCUCCUUAUGUGUCCUUUAAAAAAAAUAAAUCAAAUGGCUGCCACAUUCCAGGCUAAAUUAAUACAGUUGUGCAUGGCUGUGUUCAGAUGUCACUCUAAACUAUGGUUUGGCAUAACCUAACCUCCUCCCACACUCUCAGUCCUCCCUUCUCCUCUCAGAUGUCUGAGAGGAGGAAUUUAGAAGCUUUUGCAUCAACUUUAGGUUGACCACUGUUUAUUGUCUUAUGUGGAAUUGUGGUUAAUCUUAAGUAUGGUUAGGUUUAAUAAGCCAACUUCAGAAACCAUGUUUUAAACAUGGCUUAUUUGAAACUAGCCACAAUUAAGAUUAACUUAAUUUAGAUGGCACAACAAGCUAUGGAUAAUCAAAGCAGAAGGAGAAUAUAUCAAACUUCUCUUCCUGAGUGUUCAGGUGGAAAGUAGGUGGAGUGCAGGAGCCCAGGAAAAGGCUAUGUUCAUUCAUGUCUUGCUAAACUAUAGUUCAGCAUGAAGUCCAAAUGCAGCCAAUAUACCGUAUUUUUCGGCCCAUAGGACGCACCGGCCCAUAGGACGCACCUAGUUUUUUGGGGGGGAAAUAAAGGAAAUUUUUUUCCCCUUUAUUCCCCCCCCCCAAAACCAGGUUGGGGAAUCCAAACCAGGUCGGGGAACAGCAGGAUGGCGGCGCUCCACCUCCCUGCUGUCCCCCGAGCUUGUGGGGCUGCCCGAUGUCUGCCCGAAGCGCGGGGCGCUCUGCUUCAGCGCUCCCCGCGCUCCGUGCAGCAGGCUGCUAUCCGCAGCCUAGGGAGCCCUGCAGGAACUCCCACAGGGCUCCCUAGGCUGCGGGUGUCUGCCCGAAGCGCGGGGCGCUCUGCUUCAGCGCGCCCCAUGCUCCGUGCAGCAGGCUGCUAUCCGCAGCCUAGGGAGCCCUGCGGGAACCCUGCGGAUGUCUGCCUGAAGCGCGGGGCGCUCUGCUUCAGUGCGCCCCGCACUCUGUGCAGCAGGCUGCUAUCCGCAGCCUAGGGAGCCCUGCGGGAACUCCCGCGGGCUCCCCAGGCUUGCUGUUAGCUUCCUGAAGCCUGGAGAGCGUGUGGGGUCGGUGCGCACCGACCCCUCUCGCUCUCCAAGCUUCAGCGAAAGCCUGCAUUCACCACAUAGGACGCACACAGAUUUCCCCUUCAUUUUUGGAGGGGGAAAAGUGUGUCAUAUAGGGCAAAAAAUACGGUAUUGUAUUUUUUUUUUUAAUUGAAAAAGCUUGGCCUCAAAAAAAUUUUGAUGCCCACAUAAAUCUUUUUAUCUUCUUGGGUCAAAUUAUAUUUGUGUGACAUACGUUUCUAUAGAUGUGUUCAUGAGGAAUGGUUUUGGAUUUGUUUGCAAGUUGUGAAAAUUGUCUCCUACUUCAUAUCUGCUUUAUAUCUGUGGUCUGGAAAUAAACAACAAGAGUGGUUGUGAUAAUCUUCCUGCCCUGCAGUUAUUGUAUUCACAGGGAUUCUUGUAGUGUCCUUUCAAGUGGAUAAUGUUCUGAGUUUUGUUUUCAGACCUAAUUUCUAUGUUAACAUGAUGUAAAGGAAAACCACAAGUGGGUUCAGUUCUUUUUUUAAAAAAAUCCAGCAGAGGACACAGAAACAUGACCAUAAUUACCACAGUCAUCAAUGAGAGGAGGAGACCAUUGAAAAGAAUGCCCUGUGUGAGCGGGGGGGGGGGGAGACCACCCUUGUAAGAGGCAGGCUACAGGGCACUGUAUGUUAAGUGUUGGGAAACUCUUGGCAUUAACUAUAUGAAUGGGUCGAGGAUCUGAGGAAAUAUUCUGCUGCUCCCAUGUUUAACAGAAUUGAUUUUUUGUAUAGCUACACUGUGAUAUUUAUGUAUUAUAUACUAUUGCUGCCAUUUUUAGGACUUUGCUAACGUAAUUUACUCUUUGCAUCUUUGCACUCUGCAACUGUUUUGAGCUUUUGACUUUAUUGUAUGUCGAGACCCUGUAACCACCCCCUUGAAGAUGAAUGAAAAACACCAGGACAGGAUAUUUGGUUAAUGUUAUUGGGCAAAUUUUGGCCACAACUUUAUUGGUUACAGAAUUUGAGCAGUAUUGGCUUAGGCAUUGAAUAGACCCGACUAUAUCUGACUCCUGCCCGCUGCACAGUGAAUCCAGUAAGGGUAAACCACCUUUGUAUUUGUUAAAAUUGUUUAAUAUGUCAGUGUCACUGCUGUGUGGCUCCAUUUAUUAUUUUUGUAGUUUCUGUUUUUGCUGUGCUGCAAACCACUUUGGGUGCAGUUUUUUGUGGAGAAUGGGGAUGCAAAUUAAACAAUAGUAACUCGUCGUGACCAUGUGAUGUCCUUUGAGAAUCUGUCUGCUCCUUUUGGUUUCCCAAAACUGCAAUAUUUCUAAAGAUGUUUACAGUUUUCAGUAAAUGUCUUACUGUCUAGGGUUGCCAUAUGUCUGGGAUUUCCUGGACAUGUCCUUUUGAGGGGGGCCAGAGCACCCAUCCAGGCAGAUUUCUGCAUUUUUCAUGGAUUGUCUGGGUUUGGGGGUUUAAUUUAUUAUUAUUAUUAUUAUUUGUUUGGCACACACAUGCUCAGAAGACUCUGUGCCCUGGAACAGGAAGCACUGCAUCAGGCGGCCUUCCAUGGCCUUCCCAGGGCCAUGCUAAGCCCUGAAUUGCUCCCAGCGGCCAGCAGGCCUUGCACAGAGAUGCAGGAUGGGGGGGGGGGGGUUGUUCUUCAGAAUAUGGCAGCCCUAUUAUGAUACAAUACAAUAUCUUUAUUGUCAUUGUCCCAUACAGAACAAUGAAAUUGAAAAAUCUACAUAAGACAUUCAAAAACCCCUAAAAAGUCUGAAACCCCAUUUUAAAAUACAAUAUAGUCCUAUAGAGAUUCCUUAUACUGUGUUUAAAACCAAUUUACUGUCUGUAAAUUGAUUGAUGAUAUAUUAUUAAAAUUGCCUGUAAAAAUUUUAAGUUCCUGCCCAGUAUUGGCUAAUUAAGAAAACACAUAUUCAUUUAUUUUAUCUGGCUUUUUAAGGCAGCAAUGGACAAGCCAGUUCAUCAACGAUUGUUUGUGACAAGAAUCCUGCAUUACUUUGAAAGUGAUACAUUCUUUCCAGAAAUUGAUUUAGAAAAAUACAGGCUUCUACCUAGGUAAGUAUUUUAUGAACAGUAAUCUUUCAUUUUCAUCUGAAGCUUUACUAUUAGUGGCAUAACAAAAUAUUUCCCAAGUUAAUUUAUGCUAAUGCAAAACCUGAAAAGAAAUAUUAGAACCAACAAUAUGUGAAGGACAAAAUAAUCUCUUCAUGUUUCUUCCAGCUUAGUCAAAUAUGUAAUUAUUCUUUUUAUCAAACUACAAGCAAUGCUUUCUCUCUACAUAGUUUCCCAGGUGUCCCUGCUGAUAUUCAAGAAGAGAAUGGCAUUCAGUACAAAUUUGAAGUGUAUGAAAAGAGCAUCUAAACUUCACCUGAUGUGACAACUCUUUGCUCAAAACAAGCUUCUUAAUUUAAUCCGUUUUGGCAGAAUAAACGCUCCCCUCCCUCAUGUGCUCUCCAUGUUGCUUCCCCCUGACAACUGCAGAUGCUGAGAAUCUAACAGAGGGAGCACCAGGCUCUCCUUUGCCCUCCCAGAGACCAAAAUUACAUGGGAGUAAGCUCCACUGAAAUAAAUGUCUCUUUCGUGUAGUAUUCAUCUCUGGCUCACUCUCUUCAGGCUAAUGCAAGUUCUGCUGGUGGAGAGGCUUCCUCACAACAAGCACAAUACAGUGUAGAAACUACAAUGAAAAAGUUGUCUCUUGUGUAUGUGAGACUUCCAUAAGUCCACUGAAAAAUGCAUUCCAUGUUCACGGCUGGCAGAAUAAAUCAUGGGUUUGUUUUUGUUAUUGUUUCAUAAAUAAAAAUGUGCAUUUUGAAUUUCAUCUUGUAUGAAUACUCUCUUGAACUACAACUCCCAUCAGCCCCCAACCAGCUACUGGUCAAUGCAUAAGUUUUAGUUUCCAGCCAUUAACUCACAUUAAAUUUCAAUUUUCUGGCAACAGUUCAAACUUUAGGUCUCAUCAAUUUCAUGCUUAAAAUUGAAGUGGAGGGUUUUUUUUUCUGCUGUUGAUAGUUUUUUUUUAUGAAAACCAAGAAAAAAUUAAGUUGCUAGGCAGCAGUCACUUUGCUUAUGAAUCACUGCCUGGAGUAAUUACCAGUGCUAAGAAGUUACUAUAAUCUCCAUUAAGAAAUUUUUAAAGUGAGUAAUUUAUCAUCAAUUGUGUUGGUCAAUCUCACCACAGAAUCCUACAGAAUAGGGGGGAAAUGACAAUUAGUGAAAUUGUCUUAAACAUUCUCUGGAUAAUACUAUCUGAUACAUAGUCUUUCCCCCCCUUCAGCUGCUCAAACAGAACACUGUUGUCAAAUUAUUUUCCAUAACACAUUUUUACUUCUCCACCCUGGUACCAUCUUCCAUUUAGUGCUCUUUUUGUAAUUUUAGAGCAAGGCUUUGUUCAGUUUGCUGCUGAGCUUAUAUCAACAUGUAAAAGUGUGUGUGUGUGUGUGUGUGUGUAUAGAUAUAUAUAUAUAUAAUCCCAAGUUGUACAAAAUGUGUUUUGUUACACUCAGCUAUAACAUCCCAAUUUACUUCAGAGUCCAAAGGUGGUGAGGCAGACCAUCCACCUUUCCACCCUAAUUGAGGCAGAUUUUACUGCCAGUACUGGGGAUCCAAAAUACCUGAAGCAGUGGUGGCUUGGAUAGUCUCCCAAAUGCCAAGAACCCCUCCCCCCCAAAAAACCUCCUCCUUUUCCUUUUCCCUUUCAAAGUGCUGUCUCCACCCAUUUCUGGCUAGCUGUACUCACAACCAAUCAAGGUGAAGCUCUUGCUUAGCAUACUGAGAAUUUUGCCUGUAUUGUUCCAUCAAACUCUGAUUUACCUGGGCCAUCUGUCACAGAAGCACCUGAUUUUUUAAAAAUAAAAAUCAUCUAUGGCUUUAAAAAUAAAUUAUUAUACUAAAUGGAGUUAAACCCUUUUUAUUUUUCUGGGGUUCAAAAAUGACUUAUGAACUUAUGUUCAUCAAUGUAAUUUAAGUCCUGGGGUAAAAAUGCCUAAAUUGGAUUUCAGUACUGAUCUUAAUAUGUCACUGUGUGUUACUGUUUUGUAGUAUUAAGAAUGUCAGAUGUGUAACUGCAUUAAGAUUAUUUGUGACAAAGGGUGACAUAGAAAUGUAUUGAAUAAAUAAAGUAAAUAAAUGCAUUUUGCCUGAGAGU